GUUGCUCGCCACGACCCGUCUGAAUCCUGGAAUCCAAACAUCUUCUCCACACUCUCCAUAUCCCUCAAACACCCUUUUCAUUAUCCUCAUCUAUUAUCAUAAAUACACUGUCGAUUUCUGAAUGGCGCUCCACUCAAUCAGAAGAGCUCUCACACCUUCAAUCGGCGACGGCGACGGCCCCUCCGGCCUCUCGAUUCUGCCCGUGAACGAGGACAGCCCCGGCGGACCUGGUAUCGGUCGUUUCGCAGGUUCUCCGCCGUCUCCUACAUCAUCAAUAACCUCCUCGCGGCGGUACCCGCGCCUGAAUCGGUCAAAUACAACGCCACAUAUCGGAUCGUCGCGGUUACCGGUCGUGCUGCGGAGGCUGCUGAAACCGCCGACGUUGGAUUUCGAGACUGCGAUAUGGGAGAUAUGCUACCUGUUUAUUGCGCCGAAAAAGGUGUAUCGACAGAUGUAUUUUAGAACAAAAAACACAUGGGCACGCGAUGAUCCCUCGUUCGUCCUCCUCCUCUCCGGCUUUCUGAUGCUGUCAGCCAUAGCCUGGGGAAUCGCGUACUCGCCGGGAUUCCUCCCGAUCAUCAAGCUGAUGUUCAAUAUCGUGCUUAUCGAUUUCCUGGCGGUCGGCGCGAUCAUUUCGACGCUCGGAUGGGUCUUGGUGAAUAAAUUUCUAAGGCAGCGGAGUAGUGGACGGGGAAUGAUGUCGAUGACGCAGAGCGAUACGAAGCUGGAGUGGGCUUACUGCUUUGAUGUGCAUUGCAAUUCGUUCCUGAUAAUAUGGUUUUGCCUAUACGUGCUGCAGUUUAUCAUGCUGCCAAUAAUAGUGAAGGAUAAUUGGAUAUCCCUUUUCAUCGGAAACCUCCUUUACCUAGGCGCCUUCUCAUACUACGUCGUCAUCACAUACCUUGGCUACAGCUCACUACCGUUUUUGGAACAUACAGAGAUCAUACUUGUGCCGAUAUUGGCGUUCGUCGUGCUCUUCCUCGCGAGUCUGUUUGGCUUUAAUGUCGCGAAGCAUGCCGUGAGGUUUUACUUCCAUUAAGAGAUCCUAUACUUUCUCCCAUACAUUAAGCAUAUCAGUUUUCAAUAUUAUUCAUUGACUCGGUACUGUCGAGCUCAGUCAGACAAGACAAGAACACUGUUAGAAGCAGCAUAUUUAUAGUUUUUUUUUUGAUCGGAAUAGAAAUUGAUGAGGUUGAUUAGAUAGAUACAACA